AGAAUCCUGCGCCUGUGUGUCUGUUGCGCAUCCGGACGUUUCUUCCACCAUCUACACACGCACUCACAUGGAUAUUAACUGAUGCCCGUUGGAGGCCUAGAAAUUCACGCUGGUCUUUUUUUUUUUUUUUUUUUUUUUUAAGUGAUUUAAGGAUUUAAGCGAUGGACGCAGUUCCGGAUCGUGAGGGAUGCGAGGUGGUGGACCGGACCGGACCGGAUGGCGCUGAGAGCCGCGAGCUGAACGGAGCAAAGCGGCCACGCAUCGUCUGGAGAAACGUUAUUCUCAUGUGUCUCCUCCAUACCGGCGCGCUUUACUCCCUGCUCCUCAUCCCCAAGGCGCAUCUUCUCACCUGGAUAUGGUCCUACAUUUGUUUCAUGAUGACCGCCCUCGGGAUUACAGCCGGAGCCCAUCGCUUAUGGAGUCACAGGUCCUACAAAGCAAAACUGCCUUUAAGGAUCUUUCUGGCUGCCGCCAACUCCAUGGCCUUCCAGAACGAUAUAUUUGAAUGGUCCAGAGAUCACAGGUCCCAUCACAAGUACUCAGAGACAGACGCUGACCCCCACAAUGCACAGCGAGGCUUUUUCUUCUCACAUGUAGGCUGGCUGUUUGUUCAUAAACACAAAGACGUGAUUGAAAAAGGCAAGCGGCUGGACCUUAGUGAUCUGCUGGCUGACCCUGUCGUCAUGUUCCAGAGAAAAUAUUACAAAAUCUCAGUGCUGGUGAUGUGCUUUCUCCUGCCCACGCUGGUGCCAUGGUACUUCUGGGGUGAGAGCAUGUGGAACUCCUACUUCUUGGCUGCAAUAUUACGCUACACCGUUGUUCUCAAUCUCACCUGGUUAGUCAACAGUGCUGCACAUAUGUAUGGCAACCGACCCUACAACAAGAAUAUCAAUCCUCGAGAAAACCGCUUUGUCACAUUUGGAGCUAUUGGAGAAGGUUUCCACAACUUCCAUCACACGUUCCCUUUUGACUAUGCGGCCAGUGAAUUUGGCUUACGCUUCAACACCACCACGUUUUUCAUCGAUCUCAUGUGCUGGCUCGGCCUUGCCAGCAACCGGAAGAGAGCCACGCCGGAGAUGAUCAUGGCUCGGAAGCUAAGGACAGGUGAUGGGAGUGCUUGAAAUAUAAAUGCAGAAUAAAAGCUCUGAGCACCGCUUAUAUAUAUGAGAACGGCAAUGUAAAAGUGGAGUGUUGUAUUCUUUCUGUAAAACGUCUUUACUUCUAAUCUGUCACAUAGCAAUUAACUAUAAACAAGAUCACCAUUGUGAUGGCUUCGAUUUAGCUGAAAACUGUGGACAUUUUUGGCUGUUUCAUAGGAGAGUAGAUUUGAAUGUGAAUUUCUUUGUUGUACUUAUUUUAGAUUUCAUUGUUGACAAGUUUUUUUUUUUUUUUCUUUAGUUAGGCAAUCCAUGUAACAUAAGCAUCCACAUAUUUUGUAGCAUAAUUAAGGUAGGGUACUUUAAUGUUAUGUUUACAUCUGCCCCAUCCUACCCUAUAAGGUGACAUCUUUAGUCUGUUCUAUUUUCCCAAUAAUCUGCCAUGUGCAGGCUUUGCCUUAAAUUUGCUGCUUUUUGUAAUUUCCUCCAAAUCAGGCACUUUAAUGAAGAAAAGCCCAAGUUGUUCAGGCUUUUCAUGAACACACGGCCUAAUUGAAUCCAAAUGGCAAUGAGUAAAUUUGCACUUUUUGGGCAAUUAAGUUUAAGCUAGAUGUAUUCUAUGGCUGCACCUUAUCGCUUAUAAGCUGUCAGGUGCAAGAACAUGGCAGAGGGUCACUAAAUAAAAAAUGAAGUGAAACUAGCUGUCUGUUUUCUCCUGUUGCUAAUAUUAAAAUACAUAUUAUGGAAAAGUUUACAAAGAUGUUGAAGGAAUACAAGGAAAUGUUACUUUUUAUCGUCCCCCAUUUUUAAAUCUAGAUUGUACAUGUUUGUUACAUGUGGGUCACAUCAAUGCCCUGGGUUAUUAUAGAUUAUGCAGAUUUGUAGCCUACUUUUACAUUAAUAUUACAUACAGUAGAAUGCUGCGAAAAGCAUCACAUGAGUAGAAAUGUGAAAAAUUUGCUUUUAUUCCCAUCAGUUGACAUGAAUCAUUUUGUAGAGUAGCAGAAUAUAUGUAAGUAUUUUCAUUGUGAAGAUGCCCAUACGUGCAUUAAUGUGUGGCUGUGUAACUUUUUGCUCUGUGUACAUCAGUGCAUGUAAUUAUUUUGUUUGCAACAUGCUGUAGGAAUGAAUUUACUUUUAAGUUCCUGGCAACCCGACUUUUUCUUGCAGGUAUUUAUGCAAUAUUUUAUCACUUUGUUGUUUAAUUAUAUUAUAUACGUUACAUAUGACCAGACCUACGUCAGGUCAAUCAAUUAAAGAAUGAAAAUACUAGUCACAGAAAGCAAGUCAUUUAGUGAGUAAAUUUGUACUGACACUAAUGUUAGCAAACAGAUUUACAUGAAACAUAGCUUAAAGAAGUUGAAGUGAAAGUUCGCCCUGGAACAUUAAAUGUGCGUAUAAUAAAUGAUUUGUGAUGUA